AUGGUAGACCUGCGAAAACGUGGGUGUAGUGGAGAUCUAGGAGCCGCAGUCACAUUUUGAUAACACGUUAUCUGUGAAUGAAUAAAUACAGUUACAGAAUAUUGUGAACUACUUUUGUUAAAAUGGCUUUGUACAACAAAGCUGCUGAGAUUCUCGAGAAAGUGGAGACGAAGCAGGCUGCUGUAAAGACUUUGGUUUACGAGAGUAAAUUUCAGAAUAUUAAGCAGCUCUUUGCCCUGGUGUGUGAGACACAGAAGUUUUCAUCCAUCCUACAAGAGAUCAUUGAGUCCACCAAGCUCCUCAAACAUACUAAGAUAAAAAUGAAUCUAGCCAAGGUCCUGGUGUAUGACCUUGUCAUCGGUAAGGGGCUGAAGUGUGGUGGCGCUUGGAAGACACUGAUGUUGAAGCAUCGAUCCAGACUGCAGGCUGCCCUGGCCCGCAUGAAGAUCAAGCAGAAGGUCAGCUGCAACCUGGACCUGCUCCCCUCUAAUCUCCAGCAGUGUGAAGGCGACCAGCUCCCGAGAUAUGUGCGUGUUAACACGUUAAAGACCACAGUGGAGGACACUGUCGAUUACUUCAAGAGAGAGGGCUUCUCCUACCUGGGUAAAGCCUACAGGCUUGAUGACCUGAAACUGAACGGCAAAUCCUUUGUUGGUGACCUGCACCUUUCAGACCUGCUGGUUUUCUCAGCAAAGACAGACUUCCAUGACCACUAUCUGUACAAGGCUGGCCACAUUAUUUUACAAGACAAGGCCAGCUGUCUCCCUGCGUACCUCUUAAACCCUCCUGCAGGCAGCCACGUCCUGGAUGCCUGUGCAGCACCGGGAAACAAAACCAGCCACCUUGCUGCCAUCAUGAAAAACAAAGGGAGGUUGUUUGCUUUUGACCUUGAUGCCAAGCGUCUGGCAACCAUGUCCACACUCCUCCUUCGUGCGGGAGUUACAUGUCAGCAGCUGGCCAAUCAGGACUUCCUAAAGGUGGAACCGGAUGCGCUGCAGUAUAAAGAUGUGAAGUACAUUCUACUGGAUCCAUCCUGCAGCGGAUCAGGGAUGGUGUGUCUGAGGGACGAGGUGUCGUCCUCCCAGAAGGAGAAGGACAGUCGUCGUCUGAAGGCUCUGGCGGCGUUCCAGCUGCGCUGUCUCAAUCACGCCCUGCGUUUCCCCAGCCUGCAGCGCCUGGUUUACUCAACAUGCUCUAUCCACUCCGAGGAGAAUGAGCAAGUGGUGGCCGCCUGCCUCCAGCAGAAUCCUAGCUUUAGGUUGGUUCCACUGCUCCAGCAGUGGCCUGAGCGUGGCCUGUCUCCCCUCACACACUGUCUACGAGCCAGCACCACUAAAACCCUCACCCAUGGAUUCUUUGUGGCACUGCUGGAGCGACACACAGCACAGAGUCUAAACGAACAAUCCACCCAAACACUCAAUCCGGUCGCUGAGAUGAGUUUAUUUAAUCCUUCUGCCAGUGAGGAAAAGGCUGAAGCUGAAGAGGCCAACAUCACAGAAAAUGGAGAUGAGGAAGUUCAGGAGCCUGGUAACACCACUAAAGAUUUGGAUGUGACUGACAAAGCCAGCCCAGAUGAGGAACAGACCAGAACCUUAGGAGGAGCGAAGAGGAAGCGGAAAAGGAAGAGGAAAAUGAAAGACAGGGACAUGGAGGUUCUAGUGCCAACCACCACUGAGAAACAGACUGGUUCCUCAGUAGGUGCAAAGAAAAAUAGGAAGAACAAAAAGGAUGUUGCUAAGGGGCAAUGAGACUGACCUUUUAAAGGGACACUGGGACAAACAUUUAGCUGUUAUUUGGACACGCCAUAGUUUGCUCUCAAUUCAACUUUUAAGCUAGGUUAUAUCACAUUCAUAAGGAUGACUACGUCAUUGUGGCAGUUAUUGGGUACAUAUUUUUCAGCAAUGUUACAAUGCUUACAUGUCUUUAGAAUUUUCUACCCAGUCAUAUUUUGGUAUUACUGAGGAGGGUAGAGAGUCUGUUAAAUACCCUAUAUGCUAUUACAUUUUUGGUAACGGCCAUUUCCCCCAGUUUGGCAGACACUUGACCAUAUAAUAUAAAUUUCUCAAAUAAAAAUCAUACUACAA